UAAAGAAAAGGACUUCCCAUCAGAUGGUACCGGUGGAGACCUCUUGUGCGUCACACACGGCAUAAAUAGAGGCUGCAGCACACAGCACGUCCUACACUCUGAACAAGCUUCCACAACUGUUCACGCAAAGCCUCCCAGUUAACUUUUUUUUUCUUUUUAAAGCACUGUUUUCUUUUUUCAUUGUGCUUCUCGCAUCCUGCUUACUCCUCUCUCUCUGAAUGUUAUGGCCAGCUCAGCACUGCAGCUUCUCGGGUUCUUCCUGUCACUGAUUGGAGUGGCUGCCACCGUGACUGCCACCAUCAUGGUGGAGUGGAAGAUGCACGGCCAUUCGCAUCGCAUCUACGAGGGCCUGUGGAUGACCUGCAGCGUCGGUCACAGGACCACGUGCGAAGUUCACGACUCUCUCCUAAAACUGUCAAAUCAGGUCCAGAUAACCAGGGGCAUUCUGCUUUUGAGCGUGUUCCUGUCAGUCGUGGCGUUAAUGGUCUCCACUAUCGGAAUGAAGUGCACCCGCUUUAUGGAAGGCAGAGCCACUGCCAAGGGUGCAGUAUCUAGGAUUGGAGGGAUUAUGUUCAUGGCCGCAGGUUUAAUGACGUUUGUCAUCACGUCCUGGUAUGUCAAGAUGAUCGUUGCCGACUUCCAUCAUUCGCAUCAUCUCCACAGCUUUGAGUUUGGCAAGGCAGUGUUUGUGAGCUGGGCCGGCGGCUUCCUCACAACGUUCGGCGGAGCGUUCCUGACCUGUCAGAGGUGCUCGAGGUCGUCGUCGUCCAGGUCUAUAAGCUCCAACCGCCUCCUGCAAACCAACAAGCCCAACAGCAACUAUGUUUAGUCCACAGGAAGGACCUGCGAUUAUGGUCGUUGUCAUGACUACUGAUGAAUUGCUAUUAGUCAUCAGUACAUUGUCUGAAAAAAUUACUCAUACCUACAUUGCACUGGGUUUUUGAUUUACAGUGGAACCUCCAAAGUCGAAUGAGUUCAAGCUAAAUUUCCUGGUAGUAUAUAGGUCAUUUUCGUAUAAUUUGAUCAAUAACAGUUAAGACACUUGUGCAAAAACACAAAUCUAAUUUAGCAAUUUUUUAUGCCGCCUUGGUUUGAUAUGGAUGACUGUCUCGCAUGUAGAAACAGCCAGGCUUAAAGUCCUAGUUUCAAAAGUUAUUGAUGAUCUCAAAUUUUAGGCAUUCACAGGAAAGGCAGUCCUUUUGGACAGAGCAAAUGAAAUACACUUCUUUUUAUGAUGGUAAAGACAAACGUGCAUAACCGUAAAGACAUACGCAGCUUCAUAAAAAAAAUCACGUGAGUUGCAGAGUUUACACCUCCUAUCUACUCAUAAAACCAUAACACUCUUGUCUUUAUACAAUUGUAGUAACAGUGAAGACAUGCAAUAGUUCCAACACUAUCACAAAUUCAUACAUAGUCAUUCAUAUCUCAGAAUUAACACCAUUUAUGUUGCUGUCUGCUAUUGAGUGAAUGCAAAAUGGCUGCCUCAUUCUGGCGCUUAAUCUCAAUAGAUCUCUCGGGUGUAUUGCAACGGUAUGAUGAGGCUCUCUCCAGUGGCAUUACAGAACUAUGCAUUCAGUUGUGGAGAUAUAGCGUUAAACAGCUUUUUGCCAUUUCACUUUUCCUGAUUCGCUUAACGCACUUUGGAGUUGGGCAUGAUUGGCCCCUCUCUUACUAUUUAAGAACUUGAGCGCCUUUGUUUGUAUCAGUUGUUAUCCGGCGCAGUAGUGACAUGCAGUUAGCUAGCGAGCUAUGCCGACAACCCAGAAAUGCAUCUUCCCUUCGGAUAGUCUGUGUGUGUGGCUGCUUUCGGGUGCCUCAUUGUCAGCCGUGAGUGUGUGCACAUCAAGCAGAGAAAGGUGGAAGAGUGAGGAAGGGGGAAUUUUUUAUUUUAUUUUUUGAAGGUGACAGCUAGCAUAUGGAACGGGGGCUUCGGGCUGGCGUGGCAAUUUUGCCAGCUAAGCGGAUAUAUAUUUGCGGCUCAACCAUGUACUUAUGUAGGCAUAAGCAUUGAUUUUUAGCAUUGAUUUUUCAGGGUUGUAAAAGUGGUAUUUGAUUGACAUUUUACAGUUGAGCAGGGCGUAGUUUCAGCGCCUUCUGUGGGGAAGCCCACAGCAUUUGAGAGCAGAAAGAACUGCUUAAUUUUUCAUAAUUUUGAAGCCUCAUUUUAUAUAUUUGGUGAUUUUUUUUUUUUUUUAAAUCAUUCAAAUUACGCAGGAUGUUAACAACACUCUUGUUUGUGGUGUGUCAAAUUCUGAAUACAUAUUUAUUUUGACUUUACAGCGACUUCAAGCACUAACUCUAGCAAGUGUCUUUUUUGUGGUAGGGGCGGGGGUGUAAUGACAAAAGGGGUGAAGUCAAAGUGCUAUGACCAUCAUAGAAACACCUGAGCUGUCUCCAAUGGGUGACCAGUUUUACUUUAGUUUGGUUUAAUUAUAUAGUGCAUAAUUUCUCAUCACCAUUGCAAAAACAUCAAAACUUCACCUAUUCAGUCAAUAAAGGAUUUAUGAGUUUAUUGAUUUUAGAUUAUUUUCCUAUGGGAAUUAUUGUUUUGAAAUCAGAACACUUCCGAAGUCAACCGGCAUCACAACAGAUUACAUUCAACUUUGAAGGUUCUAUGUGUACUGUUGUCUCAAUUCCUAAAUGUACUACUCACUCAUAAAUUUCUUUAAACAAAAAACAAAACAUCGUUACAUACGAUGGCCAAGUUUCAAGUUUGUGUACAGCAUUCUAUAAGAAAUAUAAAAUAUUGUGUUUAUCUUUACUUUGAUUUUACUUCCAGAGCAGCUAGUGCAAUGUAUUGGACAGGGAGUGGCAUUUUCCAGAUAAGAUGUCCCUGCAUUUCUGGGGAUAGAGUUGAGCAAUUAGCAGAGACAUGAGUCAUGGAUGUGACAAAACACAAUCAGAUUGGACAGAGCAAUUAGACAAUGCUUUGGGGGCGGUGGGGGUGGGGGGGAGUAGUCCUCAGCGGAAGUGCAUCAAUUUAAUCUCUUGUGCAAAUGACAGAUUUUUAUGUGAAGUGACAUUUCUUCCUGGUAUAUAAUCAUAUGGAAAUGCUGUAUGAAUCUUCCAGCUGCUCCCAUGUUAUUUUUUUUUUAACGUGGAUAUUUUAUGUAUGCAAAUAAUUUGUUCUGGACAAUAUCAUAUAUCUAAACAAAUUCAAUAGAUGAAUAAUAAAUAGAACAGCA